UGCUAUAACAAUUGCUGGAAAAAAGUUUCUCAACUUUUUUAUGUGAUAUUGGUUUAGGAGAGAUCUUUGGGGAAAUCUUUGAGUCGGAUUGAAGGAAAUCUUUUACUCAAACACAACGAAACAUAUUAAUUGUUAUAAAAUUUGCUCCAAAUAUAAAAAGAGAGACAUAUCUGGUUGUACUCUGACAAAAGCAGCGGUUGACGAUUCCCAUCACUUCCAACAAUGUAUGCUUCUUCUUGAGGCAGAAGUUGAGCAUUUUGUGAUGUGUGUUUUGGUUCUGAGUUAUUGAGUAGAGCCUAUAGUGUGUGUGAUUCGAAACCCACCUCACGGGUUUUACUACCCUGAACCAGUGAAUAUGUGUAUGGGCUUGCCCGGGACCAGUUCGAUGCCGCCGCCGGCGAAUUCCACACCGUCGUCUACUGCUGCUGCUGCUAAUACGACGUUGCUCGGGGUCCCUCCGAAUAAGAAGAUCCGAAAAACCUAUACGAUUACCAAGACGAGGCAGAGCUGGACGGAGCAGGAGCAUGAAAAGUUUGUUGAAGGUGUUCAAUUAUUUAAUCGCGACUGGAAAAAGAUUGAAGCAUUUAUUGGUUCAAAAACUGUCAUUCAGAUCCGUAGUCAUGCACAGAAGUAUUUUGAGAAAAUUCUGAAAAGUGGGAAAAGCGAACUUGUACCUCCUCCUCGACCAAAGAAGAAGGCUGCUCAUCCUUACCCACAUAAAGCCCCUAAUAAUGCUCCAAAUGUUGCUCAUGUCACUGCAGUCAUUGGGGCUCCAACGACAUGUGUAAAUCCCAUUACCGAUCCUCCAUUGGCUCCUUGGAGAUGUAGUUCUGUACUGCCAAUCAAUUUUGCACAAAUAGAAAAAGAUGAUGGGAGGUUAUUUGUCCCUACAAUCCCUACAAUUGCAAAUAACAGUGGCUAUAGUAGUGAAAUAAAUGAUCCUAUCUACACUCAGGCAAUGAGAGUUGCAAAUAACAGUCGCUAUGAUGUUACUGAAACUGAAAGCUCUCUAAGGAGUGUGCCAUCUAGUGAAAUAUAUAAUCCUGGGGCCUACUACUCACAGGGAAUAAAAGUUGUGCCAGAGCCAGACAUUUCUCAAUUGUAUAAUUUCAUUGGGAAUAUCUUUGACCCUUAUGAAGUUGGCCACUCUCAGAAACGGAGACAAAUGGAUCCCCUAAAUUUUAAAUCAGCAUUGUGGAUGAUGACUAAUUUAUCAAAUAAUUUAAAAAGUCCGAUGGUAGAGGAACUUUAUAAGUUCCUUUCAUCCAAUAAUCUCAACGAGGAGAAGGUGAUGCCAUCUGCCUGCCCAAACAACUUCUCAUCCAUAUCAUAGAAUGCCAUUCUAUCUGCUUAGGAAGACGACAGUCAACGAUAAUGGUGUCAUUCUAUAAGUUUUAUCUGCCGGUGAGAGUUUGAUAACAAUUGUCUCUUGGGACUAUGUAUGUAUUGUCUCAAUGCAAUGCAUAUUAGUCUUAGUCCACGUCUCUCUGAAGUGAAAGCUUGUCAAGACUUCACCUUCAUUUUUGGAUAUGUAAAUAUGACCGGCCAUUUUAUUUCUUAGGAAGAAGGAAUUUAGGGGUUAGUAUUUAGACAGUACAAGUUAACUUCUAGUUUAGUUUUGUUUCAGAGGCUAUCUUGUAUAGUGUUUGGCUGUUUACAAUUUGCAGUAUUUGCUUUAAUAUUUUGCUACUGUAAGUGAGUGACAUCAGAAGUUGUUUUGUGUGGAUUGCAUUAAGCCAGAAAAAAAAUACAAAAAUAAAAAUAAUUUUUGGG